AUGGCUUCUCUCAGCCGCUCGCUCCUGCGUCAGGCCGUUGCCGGUCCCGCGCGCCUCUCCGCUCCCCGGGUGCGCCUGUCCGCCCGCGCGCUCUCCACCACCCCGGCCUUCCGCGCCGAGAACACCCCCGGCCCCGCCGUGACGCCGACGAACCGCAUCACGGUCACGCUCGACCACCGCAACCUCAAGACGCCUGAGGGCGCCAAGAUGGUGAUUCCGAAGGAGAGGCAGCUUCUCGCGAUGAUGAUUGCGGCCGAGUGGGAGAACCAGGACCAGGUGCUGAAGCAGUACGCUCUUCCUCUUACUUCGCUUGCCUCCCGAGCGCUCGACGGCAUGAAGGACCCGAAGAUCAAGGAGGGAGUCAUCGACGCUCUCCUCGCCUACCUUGACACUGACACCAUCUGUGUCGCGGAGCAGACGCCCGAGACGAUCGCCAAGUUCCGCAACAUCCUCGAGGACAUGGACCCGUUCCAGCUCGCCGCCAUGGAGCGUGCCGUGUACGCCACGAAGAGCUUUGUGAUCGGUCUCGCGCUCGUUGAGGGCCGUAUCACCGCCCACGAGGCCGCGCUCGCGAGCCACGUCGAGGUCGCGUCCCAGAUUGAGCGCUGGGGAGAGGUCGAGGACUCCCACGACGUCGACUACCAGGACAUCCGCCGGGCGCUCGGCUCGGCCGCCGUCGCGCUGCACAAGCUGCACUAG